UUAAUGCUCUAUAGAUGUUACUGGGAUGAUUUGCAUGUAUUUUAACAGCUAGUAAAUUCUGUGCUUUCAUGCUCAAUUUUAAAUGCUAUUUGAGAAAACUUUAUGUACCCACUAAACAAAGAUUUGUGGAAUGUAAAUAGCUUUGUAUUCAGAAGUACAUAGAUUUAGCAGAAGAAAUUUAUCAUAGGAAAUUUCCUAAUGUUAAAUGUUAGGAGGCAUCAUAAAAAGUGCUUUAUGUCUAACUAUCUCUAGAACAUUCAGGAUUUGGAGUAGGAAAUAAGAAAAUAAAUAAAAAAUUGAAAAGAAAGAAUGUCAGAAACAUGACUCUUGUUCCUCCAAAGGUCUUGGCAGGUUUGACCAGGUAAUAGGCAGAGAUACUUCAUAUUGGUGUGAUGAAAAAGUUGUUUAGGGCUUGCCCCUUAUUUGUAUGGAAGUUUAUUUCAUUGUUUGCAUUCUAAGCUGUAAGGGAACUUUGUUGUCUUCAUCUGCACAGAGGUGGCCCAUGUAGGUGCCAGCAGCACUGGUACUGCACCUGCUCCUCUCAGCAGUGUCAAAUAGCCUGAGAAAGGAUUCACUUAGCUGAGGGAAAAAAACCUCCUGAGUAUUUGUCGUUUUGUCUCUGCUGUUCUUCCUAGUAAUGAUUCAGUGCAUUUUGCAAUGCUUAUGAUGGGUCAAAGCCUCGUGUCUCUGUCCUGGGAACUUGGCAGGCAUCUUUCCUCCCAUCUUACUCAUGGGAAAUGAUAAGUGCAUGUCUGAGAAUAGAGGCUGUACUUCUAAUAUGGUAUUUCAAAGGCCUUUUAGCUAGCUUGUCAGAAUGUAGUUAGUGUUCCUGCUUAGCUUUUUUUCUAUUUAGAUGCAACCAGUCUUGCAUACUGCCUAGAAUCUACAGAUUUUGCAGCUUGAGCAGUAUGUGUGCUGCAGUUUUAAGUCUCCUGCUGAUCUGCUAUUUCCCGUGCUGUGCAUAGGUCCAAGGACAUAAGGAACACUUGUACAUUACAGAAUGGAUGAACAAUCACAAGGCAUGCAGGGGCCUACUACUGCUCCACCGUUUCAGCCACAGAAAGCCUUGCGACCCGACAUGGGCUAUAAUACACUUGCUAAUUUCCGAAUAGAGAAGAAGAUUGGCCGUGGGCAGUUCAGUGAAGUCUACAGAGCAACCUGCCUCCUGGAUGGAGUACCAGUGGCUCUGAAGAAGGUUCAGAUAUUUGAUUUAAUGGAUGCCAAAGCACGUGCUGACUGCAUCAAAGAAAUAGAUCUUCUCAAGCAACUGAAUCAUCCAAAUGUUAUUAAAUAUUAUGCCUCAUUCAUUGAAGACAAUGAGCUGAACAUAGUGUUGGAAUUAGCAGAUGCUGGAGAUCUCUCUCGAAUGAUAAAGCAUUUUAAGAAACAGAAGAGGCUGAUUCCUGAAAGAACAGUUUGGAAGUACUUUGUUCAGCUUUGCAGUGCCUUGGAACACAUGCACUCUCGUCGUGUUAUGCAUAGAGAUAUAAAGCCAGCAAAUGUGUUCAUUACAGCUACAGGAGUGGUAAAGCUUGGAGACCUUGGGCUUGGUCGAUUUUUCAGCUCCAAAACAACAGCUGCACAUUCUUUAGUUGGUACACCUUAUUAUAUGUCUCCAGAGAGGAUACAUGAAAAUGGUUACAACUUCAAAUCUGACAUCUGGUCUCUAGGCUGUCUGCUGUAUGAGAUGGCUGCGCUGCAGAGUCCCUUUUAUGGUGAUAAAAUGAACUUGUACUCUCUGUGCAAGAAGAUAGAACAGUGUGACUACCCACCUCUCCCUUCAGAUCACUAUUCAGAGGAACUGCGACAGUUAGUUAAUAUGUGCAUCAACCCGGAUCCGGAGAAGCGACCAGACAUCACCUACGUGUACGAUGUAGCGAAACGUAUGCACGCACACACGGCGAGCAGCUGAACCGCCGCCAGACCGGGAGGGAGAGAGAGAGCAGAGAUAACCAAGUACUUUGAAUAACUCAUCCCACCCCUCUGUGUGCCACACAAAUGUAAUCGUUUGAAGCUUACUGUUGUGCUUUGAAUUGUAAACCGAUUUAUACACGAGCUUUGUUGUUUUCUGUGUAUUUCUGGGGGUUUCGUUUGUCUUUUUUUUUACUAACUUGCAGUUGUACAACAGGUUGUGUAAAGCGUAAUUUUUAAGAUGCCAAGAACCACUUGUUUUCCGUGAUACGUGGGUUCAAGUAUAUUUUCUGUAAUAACGAAAUUAUAUUCAGUUGGGCCUCAAUUCUAAAACACAGUUGCACUUUUGCACAUGAUACAGAUAUUAGGCUUAUUAUCCAGAAGCAAAAUGUCUGAAUCUCUCACCUUUAUAGUAAUUUAUGGAAAGUAUGAAUUAGCACAGUUAACUUUAUUUUAAUCUUUGUUCUGAGAAGAACAUAAUUAUUAUAGAGGGUUAUUGUAUUUUAUAUUGAAUUGUAGUUUGCAGUUCUUGCUGUAAGAGUAGACAGGUGAUAGGAUUAGUUCUCCACUUGCCAAGUGCGAUGGGAAAAUAGUUUGGGAAAAACUUGUCAUGCUGAAAUUCUUGUGACAUCCCUUUUUGUUUUAUUCUGUCAUAAUACACAUAAAACACUUGUUGUUGGAGGUUUUCUGGGAAAAUUUAAGGUGUUGAUUCAUGAAUCUGAUCGCUUUGAAUAGGCUUGUGCAGCACUGCCCUGGGGCAAUAGGAGUUUGCAUAGUUGAGUCUUAAAACCAUGCAGAUGCUUCUAGUAGCAAAGAGGGUUCUUCUGAGGCUGUCAUUUGAGCAGGUCUGAUUAAAAGAUGUGAUCUUUAGGUUACAAGUUCCCAACUGUUUGUGUAUAUGUCACUGUUUUGUAGAUUUUUGUGUUUAAAAUAAUUUGAAUGACCUUACAAUGUAUUUAAAUUUUAAAGUGUUUGGUUUUUUUUUUAAAUACAGAAAUCUUUUGUGAAAGAUACAAUGAUGUAGUAUAACACAAAAUGUAUUCUACAUAAAUAUAUAAUUUUUGUAUACUGUAUCCUGAUAAUUAGUUUUAUAUUUAGCAAAGUUGAAUUUUAGCUUUUACGCUUAAGAGAAAGUUGUCAGCCCUUCAUUUGGGAAAUAAAUAUGUAUGCAAACUGUCUUACUAAUACUUUAUUAGAUAAAAAGGAAAUGCUGAAUAUUUUUGUUAGACCUUAGUGCCUUUUUGAGUAUGUUUAAAUAAUAUUUUUAUUGCUAAGAAUGGAAUGUGCCUUGUUUUGAAAUGUGGCAAAAAUGGAGAGUUGAAUGAAAUUUCUAGAGUUUCAUGACUGAACUUUUUAUACAGAACUGUCUAAACAUAAUUCUUUUCAGUGAAAACAGCUAAGAAGCUGUUACAAUCAGUUAAAUCUUUUUCCUUAUGUGGGUAAAAAGAAGUUAGUUCAAAUAAAACCAGCAAUAUGUACAUACACCUAUAGGUUUUAGAUGCAGUCAUUUCCCUGCAUGCUCAGAUUUUUUUUCUUGCUUGUUUGUUUCUCUG